GAUGUCCUCGAUGAUGCGCACUGGGAGCGGCGCCUCGUCGAGAGCGGUCGGUGCUCGGCGCUCGUUCGUCUUGCGGAUGGCGACGCGGACCUCUACAUGGGUCAUGCUACCUGGGACGACUACAGCAAGAUGAUGCGGAUCUUCAAGUUCUACAACUUCUCGCUUCCAGAAGCCGAGACUGCGGCGACCAAGAUCUCGUUUUCAUCCUACCCGGGGGUCAUCACAACCUCAGCUGUAGGGUUAGGUAUGCCGACCACCAUUCCAUUGGAUGCGCCCCAGCGAGUGGGCGAUCCGACUGUGCUGAGGGCACUACAACAACAGUAUGGUGGCGGCAGACAGGCUGAUAAAGACGGCAGCCUGUAUGCUCAUAUCGGCAACAAGCCGAUCCCUCCGCCCAAGGCACUGCGAAAGAUCCAUGCGCACCGUCAAGAGGAGCGACAGCAGCAAGCGGAUGAGCAGGAGGCAGAGGAGUUCGAGAGGAAGAUGGGCAUGGAGGUCAGGGAGAGCCGCACAGUUUUUGGAGAAAGCGCAGUCACCGAGGUUGCGGCGGCGGCCCUAAGACGCCGUGAGGCUCAGGAGCAGCUCGAUGGCUGCGCCCUUUCGGAGGCUGCGAGCUGCUACGAGCUUUCGGGCUGCGGUUUGGCGGAGUGCAACGGUCGCUACGACUUUUCCGAAGCCUCGUCCCGGGGUGCACCGGUGUACCAGAACCCUGCGGGUUGGAUCCUUCACAUGGACAGGGUGCCAGAGCUCGACCAGAUUGGGACGGACGACGAGAAGUACCAAUUUGGUUGGCUCGUGUCCAAGGACCGGAAGCCUUUCUAUGGUGUGCGGACAAAUGAUGUACAGAUCCCCAGCGUUGGCUGGCAAUGCUUUUAUGGCCCACCUCCAGGGCCGGCCGCUGUUCGUGGCACUAACUGGGAAGAGCACUUCCUGGCCACUGCGGGGUCUUUGAAAGAGGAGGGCAACGUAGCCAUGAAGGCUGGUCGCUCCAGCGAGGCAGAGCAGCACUAUGGCGAGGCCAUCGGUCUGAUGCUCGGCUACGAUGGGGUCGUGGAGGCCUCAAGGGCCCUCCGUGAGCUUCAGCUGGCUUUGUUUGCUAAUCGUGCAGAGGCACGGCUUCGGCAACAGCUCUGGGAAAAGUCUUUGGAGGACAGCGAGUUUGUCCUGGCCAAGGACCCCCUCCAUGCCAAGGCCGCUGUGCGCCUGGCGAAGGCUUGGAAGGGCCUUGGUUGUCUGGGUCGUGCAGCCGAGGCGCUGUCCCGGCUUCGGGGCCCACGAGGGGCAGGUACAGAGUUGGAGGCCUGGUACGAGGAGGCCGAGAUCCUCCACGCUUGCGAUGCUUGGGAGGCAGAGGCCAGCGCGGCCAGCGAUGCUCAGAAGGAGGAGAUGCCAACGGCACGUUGUGUGCUCGGUGUCCACAAGGCUGCGCGGCAGCUGCAGCAGAGGGCCACUGAGUGGGGGAGGCAGAAGGAUGCGCUGAAUGACGCCCAGGAUUUCCAAGCAGAGCAGCAGCUGGCAUCCUUGGCGCAAGUCUUGGCAGGUCAGCUCAGCCGCCUGGAGGCCCAGGUUUCAGAGGACCCCGCAGUGAGAAAAUCCCUGGGCCUCCUGCUUCGGGGCCAUGGCAUCUUGGACUUGGUGGUCAGUGCACUGUCAACUCCAUCCUCAUCGAACGACUCCGACGAUGAAGACGGCGAUGAUGCCUGGCCCCUUGUUGUGCUGCAGGCCAUGUGCGCAGUGUCCCCGGAGCUGCCGGGCGAGGGCGAGCUGCGAAAGCUUCUGGCAUCCAUUCCCAAGAUGGUGGCUCAGCUCACCCGGCGCCCUCAGCUCACGCUGCAGUUGGUACGGUCAUUGCUGAGACAUCGCUUGAAACAGCGACUCUUCGUCGCUGACACGCUCGUGGAGUCUAGGGGCUUUCUAGCGCGCUGCCUGCGUUCCUGGGCCCGGACUUUGGACGAUCGACUCGGCAGCGAGGGCCUGAGCCCAGAUGAUUUGCGGGCCGCUACGUCGGAGGUCCUGCAGGAACUGGCGGCACAGACACAGCGGUUGCACAACGCCGAGGCUUUGGCCUUGGCUUUGUUCGUGGAGGGCUUCAUUGGGGAGCGCCUGGGCUCAGGGCUUUCUGGAGGCUUCGUCCUACACAGCGGCGCUGCUGUGCGCCGGGUAGUGCUGGCCUUGCUGAGUUCUUGGUCCGAGAACCCGAGGAUCUUGCGAUCGUUUUCUCCUGAGCUGGUGGGCAAGCUUUGGGCUUCCUGUGCCGCCAAACUGCGAAGAGAUGCAGGUGUCGAGACUCACCGAGACAUUCAAACCCCUUCUGGCACUGUGAAGAUGGAGUGGUUCAAGCUGAAGCCCACGCAGACCCUCAAAAAGGGUUACGGAGCUUUUCAUCCAGAAGAGCUGGCGGCGGCCGUUAUGCGGUUCCUUGUCGCGCAUCUACUAGCCACGUGCGACCGUGGGUGCGAGGAAAUACCGCGAGAAGGCAUCGCACCGAGGGCUCCAGCUGAGGAAUGGGCACAGGACGUCUUGGACCGCCCGUUUGGCUGGGGUGUGCUCGUGCCUCUCGUGGUGGCCCCUGCGAACAUUGCAGGAGAAGCGUUGCUCCUGUUAGAACUCUUGGUCCAGCGCCAUCCUAACAACGACAAGGUGGCGAAACGAUUGGCGGGUUUCCAUGUUUUUAUGCCACUGUUGCACCUUCCCUGGCCUCAAGCCAGCCCUGUGGAGAGCCACCUGAGAGCAACCUUGUCGGGGCCUUCCCAAUGGCGAAGUGCGUGCAGCGUGCUGCAGUGUGCCAUGGACACGGAGCUGGGGAUGCGUGUUGCAAGAGACCACACAGACCUUUGCUUCGAAGGUGCCGUCCGUGUCUUGCACGAAGUGCUUGGUGACUCCGAGCCGCAGUCCGUCUUCGCGGCUACUGAGUUGUUUGGGCAGCUCUGCAGUCAGUUAGGUUGCUUCGAGAAGGUGACCACAGAGACGCUUUUCUGCCUUCUGCAGCACUUCGCUCGCAGCGAUCAUGCAGACACCAGGUCACAGAUGGCGAAACUUCUACGGCUGAUGUAUGCCAACCAGUCCACCAAGGAGAAGUUGCGCGACAGCCUCAGCAGCAAAGAGCUCGGCCUCACCGGCGAGCAGCAGUCCCGUGUGAUGCAGGAGGUGUUUGAUGCGCGCACAUUGGCCGGGCAGGUUGUGGGUGAGAAACUCGCCAAGGCCGCCAAAGAUGCGGAGCGCCAACCGUUUUCUCCUGUGCCCGGUGUGGCCGAAGGCCUGGCGACUACUUUGCAGCCACUGCUGCAUACUGAAGAGGCGGCCUCGCUGCGGCUCCUGGUCCUGGGGCGCCUGGCUCGCACUGUGGCGCCGCAGCUGGCGCAGCAGGGCUGCCAGGUCGUUCUUGGCGAGACGUCUCUCGAUCGCUUGAGUGGUGUGGGCAAAGGCGUGACAACGGUGUUGCUUCCGGUGCCCGAAGCCAUCAGCGGCGAUCCGCAUCUGGCAUCCCCAGAUCUUUUCGAUGUGGUGCUCGCCGUGGAGCCAUUGGGAUACCUGGACCUCGCCGAGUAUGCCGACAAGCUGAGGCCCUAUAUCCGCAGGAGGGCAACAGAGGAAGAUCGGACUCGGAAUCAGGUGCAGAUGAUCUGCGUGGAGCUGCAAGAUCGCUUGGAAGACGCACGGGACGAGCUCUACAGUGCAGGCUAUUACUUGGCCGACAGCCAUCCGUCCUUGCCAGGCCUCCGGAAGGCCAUGGCGUCGAAAGCCAAAGGAGGCCAUGGCCCCUUGGACGUUACUCUGUUAAGGUUGCCUUCCGCAGAGAAGGAGCGGAAGAAAGCCAGGGAGACUCAGGAGGCUCAGGAGCGAAAAGUCCAGCGGGAGGCCGAAGAAGUCGAAAAGGCAGAGCAGGAAGAGGAGGAGAUGGUCCAGAAAACCGUCCUUCAGACCGCUCUCUUUGACCCUGUCCUAAUGAUCCCAGAAGCUGCGAGCCUGCCAGUUGCUGUGGAGUUAGGGCCCGGCCCGGGUGAAGCGGAGCAGCUGCUGCUUUGGCUCCCUGGCAACCAGGAGCCCCCCGAGCUCUGGCGCAGCGCACUCGCGUCGAUCUCUCUGCAGUCGCUGCGCGUGCUUGUUGUUGGCCGGCCGCGAGAUUCGACAAAUUGGCACUCGUGGACGGACCAGGCCAUCGUGGCGCAGGGAAUGCAGUGGUAUGAGAUGCACGAGAUGCCGACGGAAGAGGCCAUCGCAAAGGCAGCCAAGGAUCCUGCGACCAACGUCUCUUUCGGAAAGCCCAGCGUUCCAGAGCUGCGCUGUUUGGAACAGGUAGAGGUGGGCUGCAAGCAGCUCUACAACUUGCUGGAGAGAGAAGUGCAGGCUUCCGAGAGGGCACCGAAGGUCUGGGUUGGCGGCUUCUCCCAGGGAGGAUCUGUCGCUGCUUACUCGGUCCUCUCGAAGACAGCGCCUGCCAAAGUUCAGGCCCAGAUGGUUGGUGUCAUCCUAUGUGGCUGUGCGAUACCAGCCUUCCAAUUCCUAGCAAGCAAGAUGCAGGACCAGUGCCUGAGGGCCCGGGAUGUCGAUCUGGAUGCUCCAGUCCCACAGGUACAGGUGCUCCACUGCCAGGACGACCCGGAAGUGUCGAAGCACUAUGCCCAGACGGUAGUCGACCUGUCUAAUCGCUUCGAGUUCCCGGCACAGCUUCUAAGCUUCAAGACGGAGAUUAGCGAGCACCUGCCGGGAGGUCCAAGGCCUCUGCCAGGCAGCCCAGAACGCUGGCUGCCGCCACUGCUCUCACGCGCCCUCACUGCCGUCAAUGGCUAA